AUGGUGAAAAUUUUUGCGAUCGGAAGUUUUGCUGGAGCCUUGGGACAUUCUGUCGGAGGGUCAAAUUUGCAUUCGGAUGGGGCGAUGACGGAUAGAGAGAGGACGAUUUUGAAUGAUUUGGUGCCGAGGGAGCAGAAGGAGGCGCUGAAGAGAUUGUUCCUGAAAAUUGAUACCGACGGAAACGAAAACCUAUCCCGAGUCGAGCUGGCCCGAUGGACCGAAAUUCUCGAGCAGCGCUACAUCGGUAAAGAAAUCGACCGCUGGUGGCCGUUCUACAAUAGCGACGACGAUGACAAAAUCUCCGAGCAAGAGUUCCUCGACCGUCUCGGUCAGCUGCAAGACCAUCUCAACGACGACUACGCGCUCAUGAAGGAAAAGUUCAAAUUCUGCGAUUUUGAUGAGUCGGGCGAUUUGGAUAUGAGCGAGUUCGAGACCUUUCAAUUUCCACGAUUCGACAAGAAGGGCAAGAUUUUUUGGCACAAGGAGAUGUUCUUGACGCUCGACAAGAAUAGAAAUGAGAAGAUCGAUUUUGCGGAGUUUAUCGAGUACCAAGGAUUGGAGCUUGCGAGUCUUUCCGAAGAGGACAAAAGGUCAAACCAAGAACAUUUCACCGCCUACGACGAGGACAAAGAUGGAACCUUGGAUUUCAAAGAGCUGAUUGAACUUUUCGACCCCGAAGACAGCAACUCUUUCGAAGCAACAGCUGACCAUCUGAUCUAUCACGCUGAUAAGGAUCACGAUGGUGUGAUCACCCUCGAAGAGUUUCUCGACAACUAUGAAACUGUUCUGACCUCACACAUUAGCGACAAUGGCCAACUUUACCACGAUGAGCUGUGA